CCGCCCAUCAUUGAUUCCAAACGUCGACUGCUCGCACGCGACUAAAGCGCCAUUCAGGGGUUUAGGAAUUCAGAUUUGAAUUCACAUGGUUGACCUGGCCAUCUUUCGUGCGCAGCGUGGUAUUUGCAUCAUGUGGACACAUUCUUGCGUUAUCGUCAAGCGCCCUUUUAUCUUACAUCAAUGUGUCCAUACCUCCCAUUUCAUCCCAAGGAAUGUCCACUACCUGGUGGUCGCGAUCAAGCAAGCAGCAGCAAGACGACCAAGAUGACCGUGCUUCUGAGUUACAGCUCGGCGAAAAGGAUCAGGGUAUUCAGAAGCCACACAACGACAAUGCUGACUUGGGUCCUGGAGAACUGACCUUUGAAGAAGAUACUGCGGGUGGCAUGGGUCGUUACCUUGGUGUAACAUCUUGCACUCUCCUUAUCGUUGGAAAAAUUAUUGGCUCCGGCAUAUUCUCAACGCCGUCCUCCAUCCUCUCCAGCGUGGGCUCAGUCGGCGCUUCCCUUAUGCUUUGGGUCCUCGGUUUCUUGCUUAGCUUCUGUGGACUCUUCAUAUGGCUCGAGUUCGGCACCAUGUUCCCUCGCAGUGGCGGAGAGAAGGUAUACCUCGAGGCCGUCUACAAAAAGCCCAAGUACCUCGCUACGAUAAUAUUUGCUGCCAACGCUAUAUUACUUGGGUUUACUGCGAGCAACUGUAUUGUUUUUGCUAGCAAUAUCUUGGUUGCCGCAGGUCAAUCCGCAGGUCGCUGGAAUCAGCGUGGAGUUGCACUUGGCGUCAUGUUCUUCGUAACCUUUCUACACGGAAUAGCCCCGAAGACCGGCGUACUGAUUAUGAACUUGCUCUCGAUAUUCAAAAUCGUAAUUUUGGUAUUUGUUGUGGUCACAGGCUGGGUAGUUCUCUCUGGUAAAACCCGCGUUGUGGAUCCGUACUAUAAUUUUAGAAACGCGUUCGCGGGGAGCUCCACGAGCAGUAACGACUAUGCUACAGCCACCUUCAAAGUCCUGUACGCAUAUACGGGAUGGUCCAACGUGAACUACGUGAUGAACGACGUCCGCAAUCCAGUGAGGACGCUCAAGAUUGCAGGCCCGCUCGGUCUUGGUAUAUGCACCGUUUUGUACUUGCUUGCAAAUGUGGCUUAUUUCUCUGCUGCAACCAAGACGGAGAUUAUCGAGUCUGGUGUUACUGUCGCUUCUUUGUUUUUCGGGAACGUCUUUGGUUCUGUUGCAGAGCGUGCGCUAUCGGUUUUCAUUGCUCUCAGUGCUCUUGGAAACGUUAUCACUGUGACUUUUGUGGCUGCACGAGUAAAUCAAGAGCUCGCGAAGGAAGGGAUACCCUUACCAUUCGGAAACAAAUUCUGGGCCUCAAAUUGGCCCACUGGGAAGUCCCCACUUCCAGGAUUGAUAAUUCAUUUGAUACCCUCCGUUAUCGUCAUUAUCGGGCCUCCCCCAAACAUUGCUUACCCUUUCAUUUUGGACGUUGAAGGAUACCCACAGCAAAUUAUCAAUUUCUUUAUUGUCAUCGGUUUGUUCUAUCUGCGAUGGAAGAAGCCAGAUGCCAAUCGGCCAUUCAAAGUAUGGUGGCCUCUCGCUGUAUUCUUCUUGGCUGCUGCUUGCUUCCUCCUCAUCGCUCCCUUCCUGAAACCAGCCAAUAGCGUCGGCGACACCCCACCACUGCCAUAUUACCUGUACUGUCUCGUCGGAAUCGCCAUCAUGUUCGUAGGCGUGCUGUACUGGUUCGCAUGGCGAAUCAUGCUGCCUAAGGUAUUUGGCUAUGAGCUUGUACCGAGGAAGGAGAUGUUGGACGAUGGGACUUUUGUCACUGUAUAUUUGAAUCGAAAGAUGCAGUGAUUUGGAGGUUGAUUGGAAGUGCUGGUAAGUUGGUCUUUGUAUUAAUUUAGUGCGAUGUCGUUAUGCACUCAACAUGCGUAGUUUAUCAU